AUGGAUAAUAUUAUUCCUCAAUUGCAUGUUAGAAAUUUAAGUAGAAGAAGCUCAAGACAUUCAACAAAAUAUCAUGGUGUAAGAAGAAGGCCAUGGGGUAGAUAUGCAGCUGAGAUUAGAAAUCCAAACACAAAACAAAGGCAUUGGCUUGGCACUUUUGAUACUGCUGAAGAAGCUGCUUUGGCUUAUGAUAUUUCCUCUAUUGCUUUUUGUGGUAUUGAAAAUGCACGUACUAAUUUUGUUUACCCAUCCAUGUCUUUUCCUUCACCUUAUUCUCAACCACCACCACCUCCUCCGCCGCCGCCACCACCGUCAACACCGGAGUUGGAAGUGGUUGAAAAUGAAGAAGAUGAUAAUGAUAAUGAGUCUCUUGUUAUUGCUUCUAUUUUACAAAGUUUUCGCCAUUCAAACACAUUAGACAAACUAGUUCUUUGA